CACUGCAUGACCAUGCAUAUAGUUAUGAGGCACUUAGUUUCUUUGUUCUGUUUAUCGAGUUACUUUUUACCCUUGAUUCAAGGACAAGAUGUAAGAUGCCUUCCUACAGAAGUUAUUGUUCGAGCGGGAAAUGACUGGGAAUGGCAGUAUACAUGUAAAAGAGCGUGUCCAGCAAAACAAUAUGUGUACAGAAAACAGUGCUACAACUCCUGUCCAUCGCACACUUUUGCUAGAUAUAACGGAUUCAUCAAGUACUGUGUCAGCGAUGUAGAACAUUUUCAUUGCCCUAAAUCUAUUUGCCAAAAGGAAUACCCGUAUUGUUUCGAAGGAAAUUGUCUUGAUUCAUGCCCUGAAUACACCAUCGGAUACAACAAAUCGUGUGUGAUGACAUGUCCAUCUGAAGCAAAGUAUAUAACGGCAGUUUCUUGUGAAGGGGUCUGUUAUUCAGGUUACAAGACGUGCUCAUCGAAGUGUCCGGUUUCCCACCCAUUCAAGUUCCGUUUUAAUCAUUUUUAUCACUGUUUAAAAGAGUGUCCGUCUUUUUCCAUGCAGAAUUUCACCAAAUGUGAAUUGUCGUGCCCCGAUGACCGCCCUUUGCUUUUCAAUAAAACAUGUCGAUCAACAUGUCCUCCUUCAAGUCCUUUUACUUCUCUCAGAACUUCAGUAUUUAAUAAAAUUUUCGUGUGUUCCGAACAUUGCAAUGAUAUGAUGGCCUCUUAUAGAAACGUUUGCGUUUCUGUUUGUCCAGCCAAAUCGCCGCUGGAAUAUCAUGGAAAAUGUGUAGAAACAUGCCAAAAAGACCGUCCUUUUAUUAACACUACACCAGCAAAAAAAAGCAUCUAUAUAUCUUCAGCAGUGUGUCGCGAAGUGUCCACCCGAUACAUUUCUAUGGAUGAAAAAUUCUUUGCAUGGAUAAAGAAUAAAACAUGCGUGACUGAUUGUCCUAGCAACACUUUGGUUUUCAAUAGUACCUGUGUCGAGGCAUGUCCAAAAACAUUUCCUUUAAACUACACAAAGGUACAACAGGGAAAACAUGAACAUAUUUGUGUGAAAAAGUGUCCUGGAAAUGCUUAUCAAUACAAAUAUUUCUGCUUUGAUCAAUGUCCGACUUAUAUGAAAUAUAUCCUGUCAAACUGUACAUUAGAAUGUCCGAAAACAUACCCGUACAUUUAUAUGGACAAUGUCACUUGUGUACAAUCAUGUCCUGAUCAUUACGUUUAUAAUGGGAAAAAGUGUGCUGAAAAAUGUCCAAGAGAGCACUUCUACAUCGAAAACAAACAGUGUGUUAACGUGUGUUCAAAGAUAUCGGCGCUUCAGAGACGAACAAACCAAGGAAUAGUGUGCUUGAAUUCGUCUUUUUGUCCUAAUGGUACAGUUCUAAUUGAAAACACACCUCACUGUGUAGGAGAGUGUCCGGAGAGUAUGUUGAUAAUAAACAAUAUCUGCACACGCAGCACUUCAUGCCCAAACAAUACCUAUAAAGAGAAUGUUACAUUGGGAACGUACUAAGAAAUGUUCCAAAAAUUUAUACGUGGACGUUAACCGAUGUGUUAACAAGUGUCCCUCUUCUAAAGUAAUAGUAGGACACAAAUGUAGUAAUGAUUGCCCAAAUUACAAACCAUAUCGGUAUGAUAAUUACAGUAAUUAUGACAAUCCUUUGACUGAUUGUGUGACGGUCUGUCCUAAUUAUUACGUCAUUUACCGUAGAAAAUGUAUCAUGGGGUACGAAUGUUCGAAAAGCAGUCGUUACAUAUAUGAGGGUCGCUGUUAUGACGUAUGUCCGAAACACACCUUACCGGAUGUAGGGGAUCCUGGGCACGUGUGUUUUGAUCAAGAAUCCUAUGUCAAUAGUGGUCUAGCAUUGAUUUGUACUGGUUUUUCGGGUUUCUUUGCAUUAAUAUGCAUAGUUUGCUGUUAUAAAGGCCGACCUAAACAUCAAAGAUAUUUAUCGCAAGGAGGUUGGGACGAUUCACGAUCUUUAAUUGAAGAUAUUGAGUCAAGACCAGUAUAGCAUCAUGUAUUUGAAAUAUACAUUCUUACUUGAGUAUGUUUUUUUACCACCGUAUUUUAUUGUACAUGAAAAAAAGAGUCU